UCUUCUGCACCAAACCCAUUCUACUCACAACGAGCAAACAGCGCAAAACCGAAAAACCGUCGACCCGCGGCCGCGCCGGCGCGAUGCUCCGCCGGCGCCACCACCUCCCCGCCGUCCUCCGCCUCUUCUCCACUUCCUGCCGCCGCGGCCACCCCACGCAGCCGCCGCAGCAUCCGAGCCCCGCCCCGCUCCCGCUCCCGCCGCCGGUGGCGAAGAAGGUCCCCUUCACGGCGUCGGCGCACGGGAGGUCGUGGAGCGACCCCUACCACUGGAUGCGCGACACCUCCGACCCCGACCUCGCGGCGCUCCUCGAGGCCGAGAACGCCUACGCGGACGCCUUCGUCGACUCCGCCGGCGAGGGCGGCGGCGGCCUCCGCGCGCGCCUCGCGGCCGAGAUGCGCGCGCGGCUGCCCCCUUCCGCCGCCUCCCCGCCUCAGCCCUGGGGCCCCUGGUUAUAUUACCAGUAUGUUCCAGAGGGUAAGGAAUACCCAGUUUUAUCCAGAAGAUUGAGGUCUUCUGGUGGUCUAGCAAGAGCUGCCCUUGAUUUCAUUUCUGGUUCAAAAAAGGAGCAGGUGUUGCUUGACUGGAAUGAGAUUGCAGAAAAAUUUGGUUAUGUGCACAUCGGGAGUUGUCGAAUCUCUCCUGAUCAUAGGUUUCUCGCAUAUACUCUUGAUAUAUCUGGGGAUGAGUUCUUUUCCUUAGAAGUGAAAGAUAUUCAGUCGACAAACACCAUUUUUUGUUCACCCCACAAGGGAAUAGUUAGCUUAGCAUGGUCUCGCAACAGCGACAACUUAUUUUACACAGUCUGUGAUGAGACUCUACGACCUAAUCAGGUUCUCUGUAAAGAUCUGCAAUCAGAUCAGGCAGGUUUUUUGGUUUUCAUGGAGAAAGAUAUAAACUGUUGUGUGGAUAUCACAAGCACAAAAGAUUUCAAGUAUGUCACUAUCAAUUCAAACACUAGGACAUCAUCCGAGGUGUACGUGAUGGAGUCUGGUCAUGUAAGAGGUGGCUUAUGGCCCGUACAGAAACGUUCUGACAAAGUGCAGUACUUUCUGGAGCAUCAUAAUGGGUUUUUCUACAUCCUUACUAAUGCACCCUUAGAAGGUACUGAAACAGCAAAUGGUGGUUACUACCUGGCCAGGUGCAGAGCUGAAAAGUCAGAAAUGGAUAAAUGGCAGGUUGUUGCACUCCCUGGAUCAUAUUAUACCUUUCAGGAUAUGGACAUUUUUCAUGAACAAUUAGUUCUAUUUAUUCGAAAAAGCGGUCUUCCUCUUAUUUGCUCCAUCAAUUUGCCAAUUGAUGUUGACUUUCAGGAGCAAAAGGAACUUGAUGAUCUUGAUCCAUGGUUUUUCCCUGUACCGUCAGACUUAUGCAGCAUUGUUCCUGGAUCCAACAAUGACUUCAUGUCAUCUACUUAUCGUCUGGUUUUGUCAUCACCAGUGCUUCCAGACUUAACAGUGGACUAUAACAUGAGAAUGAGGACAUUUGCAAUCCUUCACCAAGAGGAAGUAACUGGCCUUUCCUCAAAUCUAUGCACAGUUGGGCUGCAAUCCAAUAUUACAGGCAUCCAACAAAACCUUCAGCUUAUUGAAGACUCACAGAGUUGGAGUGAUCUAUCCAAGCUAUUUUCUUGUGAAAGGGUCCAAGUUAUUUCACACGAUGGUGUCUCAGUACCUUUAGUGAUCCUGUAUUCACGGGAAGCACAUCGUCGUGGAGAAUCACCUGGCGUCUUGUAUGGAUAUGGAGCUUAUGGAGAAGAUCUGGACAAGAGCUGGUGUUCUGAUAGGUUAAGUCUGCUUGCUCGAGGUUGGGUUGUCGCAUUUGCAGACGUUAGGGGUGGUGGGGAUUCAUCAUGGCAUCUUGCAGGCACCAAAGCUAACAAGAUAAAUUCUAUCAAAGAUUUUGCUGCAUGUGGUACACAUCUCAUCAAGGAAGGAUUUGUUCACAAAAAUAGACUUUGUGCUAUAGGUUGCAGUGCUGGUGGCCUGUUGGUUGGUGCAGUCAUCAAUAUGCUGCCGGAUUUAUUUUCUGCUGCAGUUCUAAAGGUCCCUUUUCUUGAUAUCUGCAAUACAAUGAUGGAUUCUACUUUGCCUCUAACCAUCUUGGAUUAUGAAGAAUUUGGUGACCCUAAUAUCUCCACUGAAUUUGAUACUAUUCGUAGUUAUUCUCCUUAUGACAAUUUAUCUCCUGACAUAUGCUACCCACCGGUUCUGGUAACUGCCUCAUUUAAUGAUACAAGGGUAGGAGUCUGGGAAGCUGCUAAAUGGGUUUCAAAAGUGAGAGAUAUUACAUGCCAAUCCUGUUCCUGGUCUGUCAUUCUCAAAACUAAUAUGCAAAGUGGUCAUUUUGGUGAGGGUGGACGCUUCAUGCAUUGCGAUGAGACAGCUUUUGAGUAUGCAUUUCUCAUGAAAGCCUUGGGGUUGGAUGACAAUGACAGCUGCAAAAUAGUGUGAUAGUUUUCAGGGCUUUCUACGCUUCAAUGUUUUGUGCAAGUGUGACAUAUGACUGCAGAAACUGAUUACAUUGUGGUAAGAUCUGGCAGCUCAUAGUCCUUUAUUAGUUGAAGAGCAUGUGCUUUUGUAAUUUUCUGCAUCGCAGACUGUUAGGUGAGAUGAGCAGAUUGUUAUCUUGUGCUCUCAGGGUAGCACGUGUUUUUCUUAAGACAGGAGAUCAACUGCUCCGCUAUCAAAGGUCAGUAGCCUGCACUAUCUGCGGUAGUAGCAUCAAUAAAAUGUUACUACAGCGGUUGAAAAUAUCUGGUAUCUUGUAUUCUGAUUAUCUAGCCUUUCUCACAAUAAAUGUUAUGCUAAAGCACUAUUGGUUACAUCAAAUUGAUUUCUUCGAAGGAGAUCCAUCACCAAUUCAUGAUGAAUUAUGACCAAGUUGACCUUCCAACAUGAUAGGUGAUGUUGAUGGUGCUAAAUACAGAGCUACUUGAGCCCCCGCAAAAAAGUAGAGAGUGGAUGUCACUUUUGACUUCUGCAUGAUAUAUCAGGCUAUUGUCUGUUCCUUUCUUAUUUUUUGCUCAUCUGAAUGAAACCAUCUUUUAACAAGCUUCCUUGAGGCGUCAUCAGAUUGCAUGUAACACUCAUAUGUACAUUUUGUGAUGUAGUCCAUAUCUGCGAGAUACACAUGGCCUAUCCAGCUACUUCAUAUGACUUGUUAAAACGUACUGAGCACAUUUCUCUGAUCUUAUCCUUGUUAAAGAUUUAGUUUUCUAUAGCGAUGUAAAUUAUUAAGACUUGUAGUGCACGGUGCACUUAUCUAAAAUUAGGUGUUGGUGCGUAUGGAUCAGUGAUAUAAACAACUAAUAUACAGUUAAAACAAAUCCAAAUGUUCAGAUCAUUCCAUUUACUUAGCCCUUUUUGUCUGGCAAGUGGUAACACGAGCUUUAGCUAUUUCCAUACCAUUCUGUCACUCGGUCCACACCAUUUUCAUGUGCCAGGGCCAGGCAGCAGCUGCUGAGUUUUCUGACUCCUUGAUUGCUUGCAGGUGCAGGUGCUUUAGCCUCUUAAGGCAACUACUCCAAAUCUAAAUCGAAGUAUUUCGAGAAGCAAGCCAAUUUCGACAUGAGAUCACUCUUUUCUAUCUGCAAAAUUUCUCAUGCAGUACUCGACCAGGCGUGUUUCUCCAUGGGUUCCACACCUCCACGCUUGCGCCAUCAUGGCCUUGUUGGAAAAUGCGAUGAAUGGCCUCUGAUUGCUUCCAUUUUUUUUUCUAGUGCUGAUCUACUCCGUGUUUCACUUUGGUUUUCGAUUUCAUGAUUUGUCUUGCAUGUAUCCAAUAGCCAUGAUUGGCACACUUGAUUUUUUCGGGAAUACGCAAGACGCCCAUUUUUGUAUUAAGGAGGAGUAAAUGUAAUUACAGGAGGGCCAAACAAUUUAAAAGAGAA